CAAUCAAACGCACUGUAGGAUUCCCCGAUCCUUCUCCUCCGUUGGAUUACAAUAAAACUGAAAACAACACCAUUAUCAUCCAUUGACCAGACCCAUCCCACGUGACGCAAACACCAAUGCUUCUCUCUAACUGAUCUCAAAAGAUUUAGUAGAAAAAUUACUCUCUUUCUCUCUCUCAAACCCUAAUUCAGCUUCACUAAUCAAUUGGCCUAUACAGUCUCAAUAAGGAAGUUUGAGUCGGAGGAAUGGAUUCUGGAUCUGUUGAUUCAUCAACUCCAUCUGUUAAAGCUCCUGACAUACAGCCUCCUACUGUAGCAGAUCCUGGACCAGAUAAUUCUCCACGUGAUGCACCGUCGAAGCUAUCUGCAGCUGGCAUAGCAUCUUGGGCCAAAAGUUUGAAAAUUCCCCAGCCAUCAGCUGCCUCACAAGAUGAUUCACCAACUGGAAAUACUGGAAAAUCAACUUUUGCUCGUUUUACUAGUGGAUUGGGACUCCGCUUGUCUCCGAAAUCUCCUGCAGCUGAUGAUAGCCCUGAAGGAACCUCACCAACUUCACUACAACCUGGUUUUAUUGGAACAAUUACUAAAGGCUUGGUUGAUACAUCUAAGAAUGCAGUGAAGGCAGUACAAGUCAAGGCUCGGCAUGCUGUCUCUCAAAAUAAGCGAAGAUACCAGGAAGGAGGAUUUGAUUUGGACAUGACAUAUAUCACGGAGAAUAUAAUUGCGAUGGGGUUCCCUGCUGGGGAUAUGAGCUCUGGGUUUUUUGGAUAUGUUGAGGGAUUUUAUCGAAACCACAUGGAAGAAGUGAUCAAGUUUUUUGAAACUCAUCACAAGGGCAAGUAUAAAGUGUACAAUCUUUGUUCUGAGAGGCUGUAUGAUGCAUCACUAUUUGAAGGGAAGCUGGCUAGUUUUCCAUUUGAUGACCACAAUUGCCCUCCAAUUCAACUGAUAAUAUCAUUUUGCCAAAGUGCUUACUCAUGGUUGAAAGAGGAUAUUGAGAAUGUUGUGGUGGUGCACUGCAAGGCUGGAAUGGCAAGGACAGGAUUGAUGAUUUCAAGCCUUCUUCUAUACCUAAAGUUCUUUCCUACUGCUGAAGAAUCCAUUGAUUACUACAACCAGAAGAGGUGUUUUGAUGCUAAAGGGCUUGUUCUACCAAGUCAGAUUAGAUAUGUAAAAUACUUCGAGCGCACUUUAACAUAUUUCAAUGGAGAAAACCAACCAGGACGUAGGUGCAUGCUUAGGGGAUUUCGGCUUCACCGUUGCCCAUAUUGGAUCAGGCCCUCUAUUACUGUUUCUGAUCAUAAUGGUGUUCUCUUCUCCACUAAAAAGCAUCCCAGAACCAAGGAUUUGUCGCCAGAAGACUAUUGGUUUAGUGCACCAAAGAAAGGGGUUAUGGUCUUUGCUUUGCCAGGGGAACCUGGUCUAGCAGAGGUGGCUGGAGACUUUAAAGUCCAUUUUCAUGAUCGCCAAGGAGACUUUUACUUUUGGUUAAACACGACAAUGAUGGAAAAUAGAAAGGUUUUGAACACAAACGACAUUGAUGGGUUUGACAAGAGGAAACUGCCUUCGCCUGGAUUCCAGGUGGAGGUUGUCCUAGUAGAUUAUAGUGGCACCACUCCGGCAGGGACUAACAGUGAGACUGCUACUAACAAAUCAAAUGAAGGUUCAAGUGCUGCUCCGGCUCCAGAUCCAGCCCCAGCGGUUCGAAGCCAAAAUAAAGACCGGGGAAGUACUGAAAAGGAUGAUGUGUUCUCUGACAGUGAGGCAGAGGAAUCUGUGUCCUCAAAAUUCAGGCAAGCCCAAGCUGCCUCUGCAGGGGGGAAAAGUGCGACCUCAACCACCUCUAGUUCAGAAACUAAUACUAAAUCAGAUCAAAUUGCAAGUUUAACACAUGCAACCGAACAUUUUUCUAUUGGGAACACAGGCUCACAACAGAUGCAUAAUUCUGGUCAGCCAAAAAGUGAUGCAGUUGGUGGAGUUGUCUCGGGGGUUGAAGUUAACAAUUCAGAAAGUGAGUUCAAAGUUAUGGCUGCCGAUGCUUCUGUUUUCACAUUUGGGGAUGAUGAAGACUAUGAAAGUGAAUGAGAGAGGAGAAAGCUGAUGUCUUUCUGGAAGGAUCUUCUGUACAUAAAUCAGCUUGCAAGUUAUACACAUACCGGUGGUGAUGUUGGUUCAGUCCAUUCGUUUUUUUUUUUUUCCUUCUUUUUCUUUUAAAUGUAAAUGUCUGUUUCUGGCUUAUUGGUCUAAGUCAAAAGUAGGCUGAAUGUAUGAAUAAUUGUUGCAUUAUAUUGUGGCAAGAGAAUUUGUUCCAUUGUUUUCAUUAAAGAAAGAUGUAUAUUAUUAGAUUAA